AUGUCUGAAGAGCAAGCGAAGCUUAGAAUGUUUCCUUUAACAUUGGAAGCAGAAGCAAAUGCCUGGUUCAUAAGUCUACCACCAAGAUCCAUAACUUCUUGGAAAGGAUUGGAGACAGUAUUUUUGAACAAGUAUUUUCCAGAAGCAAAACGUGCAGAUAAUUUCUAUGAUGGACUCCUCUAUGAAGAUCAGACAUAUAUUGAUUCUGCAAGUGGAGGCAGUUUUACAUCUAAAACACCGGAAGAAGCAAGGAAGCUGCUCAACACUAUGACAGAAAACAUCCAUCAAUUCAGUACAACAAGGAUAAGUUCAUCAACAAAUGAGCCUGAACCAAAAUUUCUUCAAGGGAUUAAUGAUCGUUUUUACAAGGUCAACUCGGCCAUUACCUAUUUGACCAAUUUAGUUCAACAACUAGUUUUGAAUCAAAUGGUGAAUCAAACUCAAAUCCAACAAUCACACUUGUAUUCAAACCUAGGUUGUACUAACACACAAGGAUGUAGAGUCAAUGCAAUUGAAGAAGCUCAACAUUGGUAUGUACAAAAGAUGGAAUUGCCUGAUGUUCCAUCCCCACCUACGAUAUCAUCAGCAUCUGUUUUCCCUGUUACCCCACCACCAGUUGCUGUAUCCAAAGAACCAGUGCAAGGAGAUGAGGAGAUUUCAACCAAGAGCAAGGAAGAUCUACCUUAUGCAUCACCAAAAGCCGAUCAACUUCAAUUAGAAGCUGAAUGGAUGGAAGAGAUAACAAACAUUAAACCUGAAGGUUUAGUUGAGGAUGUUUUAGUGCAGAUUGGAGAUUUCGUUUUUCCUGCAGAUUUCUAUGUCUUGAAGAUGAGUGAAGAUGACCUUCAUCUAACUCAUAUGUCGUUGCUGCUAGGAAGACCUAUUUUGACAACAGCUAUGAUGAAAUUUGAAGCACAAGAUGGAAUACUCAGUAUGGAAUUUGACGGGAAACCCAUUAAAUUCAAUAUUUAUGAAGCCAUGAAAGCUCCUGCUGAGAUCCAUUCCAUCUAUGCUAUCGAUGCAAUUGAUGCCUGCUCUAAGCAAGUACAAUCACUUCACCAAGUGGAUGAACUUGAAGUGGUACUCACUAAGGGUUUGUUCAAAGAAGACAUCGAAGAAGAAAAAAUCCCAAUGCCAAAAGAUGUAGCAGAAACUGUCAAGGAAUUGGCGUCAGAUGAAGAAAAAGAAUCAGUCUCUUAUAUCAGCCUAGAGCCAACUCCUAAAGCUUUACCACCCAUUAUUCAGCCACCUGAAGUUAAGCUGAAACCAAAGAGACACUGCCUGUUGAUUCGACUAGAAGACGAUGCAGUAGCAGUUCGACAGCCACAAAGAAGACUAAAUCUAAAUCUUGCUGAAGUUGUCAAAGAAGAAGUUCUCAAAUUACUUGGAGCUUGUCUCAUUUAUGCUAUAUCAGAUAGUAAAUGGGUCAGUCAUGUUCAAGUAGUUCCAAAGAAGUCUGGAUUCACUGUCGUAGAAAACAAGGAAGGAGAGCUAGUUCCUCAAAGACUACAGAAUGGAUGGAGAAUUCCAAUUGCACCUGAAGAUCAAAAAAAGACCACCUUUACAUGCCCUUUUGGUACGUAUGCUUACACAAGAAAACAUUUUGGUUUGUACAAUGAACCUGCAAGUUUUCAAAGGUGUAUGAUGAGCAUCUUUCAAGAUUAUGUGGGAGACAAGAUGAAAGUCUUCAUGGACGAUUUCACAGUCUAUGGAGAUAGCUUCAAUCAAUGCCUUCAUAAUCUAGAACUCAUCUUAAAAAGGUGUGUUGAAACCAAAUUGGUGUUAAAUGCCGAGAAGUGCCACUUCAUGGUAGAACAAGGCAUUGUUCUAGGCCAUGUGGUAUCCAAAGAAGGGAUGCAAGUCGACAAAGCUAAAGUUGAUGUUGUUCAGAAUCUGCCUUAUCCCACGUAUGUCAAAGAUAUCCAUUCAUUCUUAGGCUAUGCUGGAUUUUACAGAAGAUUUAUCAAGGAUAUUUCAAAGAUCUCAGCACCCAUGUGUAGAUUACUUCAGAAAGAUGUAGAGUUUGAGUUAGGAGAUGAUUGCAAAGAAGCAUUUGACAAAUUGAAGACUACCCUCACCACCACUCAAAUUGUGAAGCCACCGGAUUGGAGACUACCGUUCGAAAUCAUGAGUGAUGCAAGUGACAUUGCUAUUGGAGCUGUUCUAGGACAAAGAGUAGGUAAGGUACCCCAUGUUAUCUAUUAUGCUUUAAGAACUCUAGAUGCUGCUCAAAAGAACUACACCACCACAGAGAAAGAGAUGCUUGCAGUUGUCUUUGCCUUGGAGAAGUUUCGAUCGAGGUUUUCGGUGGUGGAGAAGCGGUGGCGAGCUGCUUGCCAAACUAAAAGUGAGAGCACCGUCAACAAUCCUGUCAAGUACGGUGUAUACUCAUCGCUUCCUUCUGAUUCAGAGUUAGCUGCCGCGUUCUUUAUGAGAAAGAGAAGUUACUUUGAUUUUCAGGCAUAUUCUACUGUUGGCACUCCUGACUAUAUUGCUCCAGAAGUUCUCUUGAAGAGAGGUUAUGGAAUGGAAUGUGAUUGGUGGUCACUUGGUGCAAUUAUGUAUGAAAUGCUUGUGGGAUAUCCACCAUUUUAUUCAGAUGAUCCAAUGUCAACUUGUCGAAAGGUAAGUUUAGAAAUAUAG